CAAAGUUUCAUUCAGAUGAUUCAUCUGGAUGCAUGGACGAAAUGAAGAAACGAACAACUCUCAGAUGGACCAUCUGGAUAAGACAUCUACAUGGACCAUCUGGAUGCAUCUUCUAAAUGUACAAACGAACAGGGCAAGAGUGGUCUGAGUGAUUGUUGCAAAACGCUAACGACCGCUAUAAACCGCAAAAGCUGCGUAUGUGGAUGGUAGCGAGGAAACCAGUCAUGCCCUAACUCUGGCUACUCCCUAUGCAGUAGGAUCUCAUAUCUGUUUAGCCGACACGAUUCCACGUUGGCCCAAAUCAACAAAUCUGGACUCGUUUGGUGCCCACUGUAUUACUUUACAAUAAUGAUUCUUUGGACAGUACAUGUGUAGUACAGCCACCGUAAGUAAGUUAUGUACCUUACACCACGUGGAUGAAAUCCAUUUGUUGGUGUUAAAAGACAAUAGACCAUUGGACUCUUCUUAAAUUUCUAUAAAUAAAUCCCAGCCCGACGACAACGUUAAGACUAGCGAAAAAAAAAGAUAAAAACAAAAACAAAAACAAAAAAUGAUGAAGUGUUUGAUAUGUCUCUCUCUUAUUCUCCUCCCUCUCAUCUCCGUCAAAGGUAAUCUCGGUGGCUGAAAGCAGAUUGAUUUAUCUGAUCUGAACAUCCAAUCGCUCGCCAACUAUGCAAUUAAUGAGCAUAACAUGAAAUCUAAGGUGAACCCUGUGUUUGUGAAGAUCGUCGAGGAGAAGGAGCAAAUGGUUUCCACGAAGAAGUACAAUCUGACCAUUACGGCGAAGGAUGGCGGUGGCACCACAACGAACUACGAGGCCAUCUUGGUGGAAAGGGCGUGGGAUAAUUACAGGAGCCUUGAGUCAUUCAAGGCCUUAUAGAUCUAAGUUUUUUUAUUUUUGUAAAUAAAAGCUCGAUAUGGAUCAGAUAUUACAAUAUAUGUAGGUUUCGAUGAUUUGAGAUUUUCAUACUGUGUGUCCGUUGUUUGUUUUCUUUUGAAUAAAAACUAAAUUAUAGAUAUGUUUCUUUCUAUGAUUCAUAUAAAAUUAA